AUGGCCCCCACCGGAGACGACAACAACGUGCUCAAGUACGACCAAGUCAUCACUGACAUCGUCGACUACGUCUACGACUUCGAGCCCACCAACCCUGCCGCCUGGGAGCGUGCCAAGGCCACUUUCAUCGAUGCCUUUGGCUGCAUCGCCGAGAAUCUUGCCACCAGCGCCGAAGUCCGCCGCCUGAUCGGCCCCACGGCUGGCAGCCCAGACAAGUUGCCCGGAGGCGUCAAGCUGCCCGGAACCCCCUACCAGCUGGACUUGUUGAGCGGAGCUUUCAACAUUGCCACGUCCAUCCGCUAUCUUGACCACAACGACUACUUCGUCGGUGCCGAAUGGGGUCAUCCUUCCGACAACCUCGGCGCCAUCCUCGCCACGGCUUCCGUCUUCUCGCGCCUCGAAAACCGGCCCAUCACGCUGCGCACCAUCCUGGUCGCCCUCACCAAAGCCUACGAGAUCCAGGGCGUGUUCCAGCUGCGCAACUCGUUCAACAAAGUCGGCCUCGACCACGUCAUCCUCGUCAAGCUCGGCUCCACGGCCGUGUCGGCCUGGCUGAUGGGCCUGUCCAAGGACCAGGCCGCCGCCGCCGUCUCGCACGCCUUCGUCGACGGCCACUCGCUGCGCACCUACCGCCACGCCCCCAACACGGGGCCCCGCAAGGGCUGGGCCGCCGGCGAGGCCGCCCAGCGCGCGGUGCAGCUGGCCCUGCUCGCCCGCGCCGGCCAGCCGGGCAUCAAGUCGGCCCUGACCGCCCCGCGCUGGGGCUUCUACGACGUGCUCUUCGAGGGCAAGCAGUUCCAGUUCCCGCGCGCCUUCGGCUCCUGGGUCGUCGAGAACGUGCUGUUCAAGAUCUACACGGCCGAGGGCCACGCCAUCACCGCCGUCGAGGCCGCCGUCGCCGCAGCCCAGCAACUCGCCGCGCGUGGCCUCAACCCCGCCGCCGACAUCGGCAGCGUGCGCGUCCGCACCCAGGACGCCGGCAUGGUCAUCAUCAACAAGCAAGGGCCGCUGCACAACGCCGCCGACCGCGACCACGACAUGAAGUACAUGGUGGCCGUGUGCCUGCUCAAGGGGUCCGCGGUCGAGACGCCCGACUACCAGGACGACUCGCCGUGGGCGACGGACCCGCGCGUCGAGCGCCUGCGCGAGAAGAUGACGCUCGUCGAGGACGAGCGCUUCACCAGGGACUACCACGACCUCGACAUCAAGAGCGUCGCCAACGCCGUGCAGGUCACCACCACGACGGGCGAGGUCUUGGAUGACUUCGUCGUCGAGUUGCCGCUCGGCCACCCGCGCCGCCCCGAGACCAUCCCCGCCGCCUACGCAAAGGCAAGGAAGAACUUGCUGCUCAAGUACGAGCCCGCCAAGGUCGAUCGCAUCUUGGACUUGGUCGACCGCACGGAUGACUUUUACAAGACUACUGUGAAUGAGUGGCUGGAUCUGUUUGCUGAGUCGUGA